AAUGCGAAGCGGCCGGACAUUUUUCUGGGUCUGACCGGAUCGGGAAGUCGCCGGAGAUUUGAUGGAAGUGAAGCUGUUAAUGCCAGCUUCUCUUGGAAUUUCAUGGAGGUCGUAGUCCGCUGCUGUCCAUGUUCUAGACCCUCUAUUAAUCUCAAUCCUCAACUCAGAUUCGCCGCUGGUCUCUUGAUUUCCUGGAUUGUGUUGAUUCUGUUGUGGUCGGAAGCUGUUGAUGCAAAAGCCAGGCACCGUCACAUACCUUUGCAAGGUGUGAAAGGUGGAAGUGAUGGUAUCACCUCUCAUUCAUGUAUCCAUGACCAGAUAAUUGAACAGAGAAAGAGACCAGGUCGAAAAGUAUACUCAGUUACUCCCCAGGUCUAUCAUGAGUCAAGAGGUGCAGCAAAACUCUCUCAUCGCAAAGGAAGGGCAUUGCUAGGGAUUUCUGAAGAGCAGAAAGGUGCUAAGCAGCCUAUAAGGAUAUAUUUAAAUUAUGAUGCCGUUGGGCACUCAUCCGACAGAGAUUGUCAAACGGUUGGUGAUAUCGUGAAGCUUGGUGAGCCACCUUCAAGCGGUGUCCCGGGCUUUCCUGCAUGUAAUCCUCAUGGUGAACCUCCGGUUUUUGGUGAUUGCUGGUAUAACUGCACUCUUGAUGACAUAUCUGAGGAGGACAAGAGGCAUCGUCUUAGGAAGGCUUUGGAGCAGACAGCAGGUUGGUUCAUGAGAGCCUUAGCUGUUGAACCUGUGAAAGGGAACUUGCGCUUGAGUGGAUACUCUGCAUGUGGCCAAGAUGGAGGUGUGCAGCUUCCUCGUGAUUAUGUCGAAGAGGGUGUUGCUGAUGCUGAUUUAGUUCUUCUGGUGACCACAAGACCUACUACUGGUAAUACCCUUGCAUGGGCAGUCGCUUGUGAGCGGGAUCAAUGGGGACGUGCAGUUGCUGGGCAUGUCAAUGUUGCCCCCCGGCAUUUGACUGCUGAAGCUGAGACUUUACUAUCAGCUACUCUUAUUCAUGAGGUUAUGCAUGUCCUUGGCUUUGACCCGCAUGCGUUUGCCCAUUUUAGAGAUGAGAGGAAAAGGAGGCGAACUCAGGUCACCACUCAAGGAAUGGAUGAUAGGCUUGGGCGACCAGUGACACGGGUUGUUCUUCCCAGGGUUGUCAUGCAUUCACGGCAUCAUUAUGGAGCAUUUUCUGAGAAUUUCACCGGCCUAGAGCUUGAAGAUGGGGGAGGACGUGGCACAUCUGGGUCUCAUUGGGAAAAAAGACUUCUCAUGAAUGAGAUUAUGACGGGUUCAGUGGAUACCAGAUCAGUUGUUUCAACAAUGACUCUAGCGCUACUGGAGGAUAGUGGUUGGUAUAAGGCUAAUUAUAGCAUGGCAGACCAUCUUGAUUGGGGCCGAAACCAGGGAACUCAGUUUGUCACAUCUCCAUGCAACAUGUGGAAAGGUGCUUACCAUUGCAACACGACCCAGUUAUCUGGCUGUACAUAUAACAGAGAAGCUGAAGGUUACUGUCCAAUUGUAAGCUAUAAUGGAGACUUGCCUCAAUGGGCUCGCUACUUUCCCCAGGCAAACAAAGGAGGUCAGUCUUCCUUAGCCGAUUAUUGUACAUAUUUUGUUGCCUAUUCUGAUGGGUCUUGUACGGAGAUUACUAGCGCACGGGCGCCUGAUAGAAUGUUGGGAGAAGUGAGAGGGAGUGACUCCAGGUGUAUGGCAUCAUCUCUAGUGCGCACUGGAUUUGUUCGUGGUUCCAUAACUCAAGGGAAUGGUUGUUAUCAGCAUAGAUGUCUAAAUAGUUCGUUAGAGAUUGCUGUGGAUGGAAUAUGGAAAGUUUGCCCCUCAGCUGGCGGACCAAUUCAGUUCCCUGGUUUUAAUGGUGAAUUGAUUUGUCCAGCUUACCAUGAACUCUGCAGUACAGCCCAUGUUUCUGUGCAUGGCCAGUGUCCGAAUUCAUGUAGUUUUAAUGGAGAUUGCAUUGAGGGGAAGUGCCGUUGUUUCCUUGGGUUUCAUGGCCACGACUGCAGUAAACGGUCUUGCCCUAACAAUUGCAAUAGCCGUGGAAAAUGCAAGUCUAAUGGUGUUUGUGUUUGUGAAAAUGGUUUUACUGGCAUUGAUUGCUCUACUGCUGUGUGCGAUGAACAGUGCAGUCUUCAUGGAGGAGUGUGUGAUAAUGGGGUCUGCGAGUUUCGUUGCUCUGAUUACGCAGGUUACACAUGUCAGAACAGCACUAAUCUACUUUCGAGUCUAUCAGUGUGCAAAGAUGUGCUGCUGAGAGAUAUAUCGGGGCAACAUUGUGCCCCGCGUGAACCUAGCAUACUGCAGCAGCUCGAGGAAGUCGUGGUUAUGCCCAACUACAAUAGGCUCUUUCCGGGCGGUGCCCGCAAGAUAUUUAACAUUUUCGGUAGCAGCUACUGUGAUGAAGCUGCGAAAAGACUAGCGUGUUGGAUAUCGAUCCAGAAAUGCGAUAACGACGGAGACGACAGGUUACGGGUGUGCCAUUCAGCGUGUCAGUCCUACAACAAUGCGUGUGGGGCCUCUUUGGACUGCUCGGACCAAACCCUUUUCAGCAGACCUGAGGAAAGCGACGGUGAAUGCACGGGCUCGGGCGAGGUAAGGUCGCAUUGGUUCAGCCGCUUGUGGAGUAGAGUCUUAGCGAGUAACAACGAGGAAAAUUCGGGGAAUGAAAUGUCUGUAACAACAUAGGAAGAAAAAAACUGUAGUUAAGCUCUCUCAGUUCAGUUCUGGUGUGUUUUGUUGUUUUGUAAGGGUUUUUUUUUUUACGGGUAAGGUGUAAUUUGUUCUAGGGCUUUCUGAGGGAAGGCGAGCAGGCAACUCAAGUGCCCUGCCUUGCAAGCUAA